GAGCGAGGGAGCGAGGGCUACUCUUGCUUGCAACUGAUUGAUUUGCAGGUGCAGGAGCAGCAGCAGGAGGGUCUGAGCAAGGAAGCAAGGUCCUGUUGAAUCCUGUGUAUUCUCCCGCAAUUCAACAAAACCCAACAAAACCCUCAAUUCAUUUGCCACCCUGAAUGCGCGUCGUCAUCGAUUUAGCUCGCGGAUUGAUUCCCGACAUGGUCUACACCCUUGUCGGGACGUCGAUUGUUGCUGGAAAGAUUUAGGGUUUGGGCCUUCGCAGGGCGUUGCUGUUGGGAUUAUAUAUAUAAAUAUAUAUAUUUUUGUGUGGGUAGGCGUGUCGUGGGGCGAUUCCAGUUCCUCCAUGCGUGUGGGAGCCACCGGUACGUCGCCAUGAGCCGAUUGUCCUUCAGACCUAGGCCGUUAGACAUCCACAAAAAGCUUCCGAUUGUGAAGUCUAUCAAGGACCUUGACUUCGAGGAUUCGAAUGUCGGUCGCGCUGCGCACUCUUCGAAUGAUGUCGAAUGCGAGAAUUUGGUCUCACAGGUGCUAACCCCUGCGAAGAAAGCUGGAACGGGGUCGGAGAUUCCAACACCCCAAUUCCUAGUUGUCGACAGCUAUGAGAAGGACUACACGCAGUCGUUUGUGCAGCCUCCCUCUUACAUACGGGGGCGACCAGCAAGGAAUGAAAACACGGAAUUCUGUGAAUAUGACCUGGAUAACGAUGACGAAAUCUGGCUUCUGCAGUUUAAUAACGAUCGUAAAAUUCUGCAACCAGAGAAGUUUGAGAUGAUGUUGUACAAGUUGGAAAUUAUGGAUCACAAGACAGCGGAAAGGCAAGGGUCGUUAGUACCAGUACUCGGUGCGCCCAUCCCAAUUGUUCUUACGAAGGAUGUUGCAAUUGAGGUGCUGAAACAAGUUAUUAACAGGCCUACUGUACUCGGAGCUGUGUAUGAUUACUGGAGGAUAAAGAGAGAGAAAUGGCAAAAGCCUAUCCUUCGUCGACUACAGCCACCUCCACCUGUAAAUGACACGAAUCCGUUCAACGUGUUCAGACCAAGGGAGAAAAUUCACCGUCCACACACUCGUCGCAUGCAAAGACGCGAGAAUGAUUUGCAAUCUUUUGAAAAGCUCCGUCAGGUUCGCCUCAACAUCGAAAGAUCACUGCUGCUUAUACGAGCUGUACAGCAGAGGGAGGAAAGGAAGCGGGAGAUUGUGGAGGUAGAAGCAAAUGCUCAAAGAUUGCAGUUAAGACUGAAAGCUGACCAGUUUGCACAACAUGACGCUUUACGAGCGGAAGACGAUGGUGGGGGAUUGCCCUCAAGCAAGUUUGGCCGGGCAGAGGAUGGGCAUCGAUUCAUGUCGAGAGGCGAUCAUGUGAAUGGGGUAAAAUUUGGCCGCUCGGUGUCGACCUUGGAACUGAAUUUGUCUCCUUAUGAUGGCGUCGCUGCAAAUGAACACCAGGAGAUUCGUAGGCCGAGAAGAAGGCCUAGAUUUCCUCCUCCUCGAUAUCAAAUGAAAGAGAAGAUGAAAAACUUGGACCCUAUGGAGCCAGCCUUUUUAUUCACAAAACCAUUAGAUUCAGGAAAACUAGCAGCCGCAGGUAUUGGUUUUAGAGAAAAUGACCCAAAGUUCUCAUCAUUUCGCUUGUCUGCUAGAAUCGGCCGUGGAGGUCGUAUUGUAUAUGAUCGGUGGAACCCGUUUAUUGGCUCCCCGUUCGAUAGCCAUAACCAUAGCCAUAGCCACAUCUCUUCAUUGUCGAUUGGAGCUCCUGUAAAUAGAUUCGGAGCCCGCCCGUUUAGGCGUGUUGCAGAUCCCCUUGCCCAUACGGAUACAAUCCCAUCUGCUGUGCAUUUUGGACCUGCACCUCCAAGUACUAGUGCUACACCCUUCUAAUUUUGAAGUAAGGGAAAUUGCUCACCAGAUCAUGCCUGGUCUCUUUUCA